AUGACAUCUGCAAAUUCAUACAGUGGCCCAAUGGCUCUCGAGAACUCAAAGUAUGCCACUCCGCUACACAAGAAAUCAUCUUCAUUCACUUCCACGCCUUUCCUGUCGCCUGUCGCCACUCCGAAAAGCAGCGGCACCACCGCAAUUGAGCAGCACAACUCUGACGUCCAACUCGCCAUUGCCCAUGGGAAUAGUCUCUAUGAUGAGGUGAAUCAGCACGCUGCGAAACUGUCCACCGUCAUCUCGAGCACGAUUGCAAACACUCGCCAUUUACUCAACCUAAUUCGAGAGGCAUCCCCUGAAACGAGCAGCGCCACCACAGAGGCCCUGUGGAGUGAGCUGGAAAAGCUCUAUACUGCAAUGAAUGAUGCAAAGGCAGCACUGCCCAAAUUUCUGGAUAAGCAGCGCAAUAACAUUAGCUUGUACCACACUGCCAUGAUGAACCAAAUGAUCCAAGAUACACAGAAUGAGCUAAACAUUCAGCACAAGAAGGUUAAUAUUCAACAUGAUCUGAUCCUCGAGCACCACGAAGCAUUCCACGCAUACAAAGAGCAGACUGCCGCCAAAAUCAAAGACAUUGAGGCCCUCCAAGAACGUGUUUCGCGUCUCACGCUUGAAAAAGGCAAUCUUCGCACUGAAGUGGACAAGUACAUGCAGCUUCUCGAGAAGGAACAUGCCACCAAGGCUGAAGACCUACGCAAGGCUGAUACUAUGCAGAAGGAGCUAGAGACUGUCACAGCUUCUAAUAAGCAGCUUCUUAUCGAAAUCGAUGCGCUGCGACAAAAACUCGAAGAGCAUCAGGGCAAGGCCAAGGCAGAUCAACAGUCUACCGAAGAGCUGAAGUUGAUUGCUGACCAGCUCGCUGAAGAAAAGAAGAAGACCGCAGCCCUCAUGACAAAAAUCGCUGAUUUAGGAGAGAUCGAACGCAUCGCCAGACUCGAUGCUGACAAAGCCAGAAAAGAGCACAAAACUCUGAGCGAGAAAUACAGCAACCAGGCAGCAGAGCAUGCAAAGGCAUUUACGGUAUGUAUACUCGAUUGGACUAUUCAAAUGCAGACGAAGCUAAUACAUAUUCAGAAACUCAAAGAGCAAUCCAAAGAGAUCGAGGGCCUAAAAAAUGACAUCGGACGUUUACAGAAGGAAAACACUGAGUUGCAGCAGCGCUUGGCUAAGCUUACUGAUAUGGACCACCAAGUCACCAAACUCGACCGUGAAAAUGUGGAGUUGUCAGGGCUUGUUAGCAGUCUUACCAGUCAGUUGAAGGCGGCUCAAGAUGAAGUCAGCAAUACCAGGUUCGAGAAGGAGGCGCUUUCGAAGAAGGUGGAGUCAUUGAGCAAGGCAGGCAAGCCCGCUGAUUCCGAUACCGCCGACCUAGUUCACAAACAGGCCGAGAAAAUCGCCGUUCUCGAAAACACGCUGGAGGAGUGGACCGAACUAGCCAAGCGCUCGUACAAGGAAUACAAGGAAAUGCUUCCGACGUACAAGCAGGCCGAGCAGUAUCGCAAGUAUGCUCUCGACAGGGAGGAAACCAUCAAAGGCCUGCAAAAGGAGCUCAUUGCAGCCAAGGCUUCGCAGAACAACGGUGACACCACCUACUGGAAGAACAAAAUCCAGUGGCCAACGCACGGAACGAUGGAUCCGGUUAGUUGGUCAUGUUACAUUAACGUGCACCAAGCCAUUCCACGUGGUCUAGGCAAUAAGCUGGAUGCGAGGCUAUGUUACGUUGGUGCGUUGCAGAAAGGCCAAGUAGUAGAUGCAUAUGCCAGCGACGUCGGAAAGAGACAAGCCGAAAGGAAGGAUACUUCCUGUUCCGAGAAACCUCCCCAGCAUCUCCGUGAAUACACUUUCCGCACAAUCAGCGUGUGUUUCGAUCUACAAUGUCAGAGCGAAUGUCAGGAUGGAGCAUUCAUUGGCUGUCUAUUUGAUAGCAUUCAAGAUGGCCUGGUUGAUCUGCAAGUCCGCUGCGAUCUGCACUGCAUGUGUACACACCUAGGCAGAGGAAGGGAAGAAGGGAAGGUGUGGACGCCAAACUUUCCGUUGGACGGCGGUGUGGCUUGCGGAGGACCCUGGGCUAGAAGGCCCUCGAUAGCUUCGGCCAUGGUAGGGCGUCGUACGAAGUCAGUUUGCCCAGCCCGUCCAUGGACACACCGGAUGGAUAGUGCCCGCCCACCAAGUGAAGCUACCGACAAGGGCCUAGGCUGCAAAGGGGCAAGAGAGCUCGUGCAAGAUGAGGAUCAGGUGUGGCAAAACGGCGCUUCAGCUGCAGAUCGCCAAAAGCUUGAGUGGCCAGGAGGCGCCGUGGCUAGCGCGAGUGGAGCAUGCAAAAUCGCGUGUCGUCGCUAUGCAUGCAUGCCCUUCCACACAGACAUCAAGGCCUGUUAG